AUUUUUUUCCCUGGGCCUCAUUGCAAGGACAUGUUUCUACAAUCGUUAUUUAGUUUUUCUUUCUCAGAGCCCUGCUUGUAGGCUACUCCUAAUUGUCUUGUUUAGGAGAGCUCUUGGAGAAAAAAAAAGAAUGUCUUUUUUGUAAACACCGAGCCGGCUUGAUCAGAACCAGGGUGUGAGUGCUGUCGCCGAAGGAGAUUUGUGUGUCUUUAAGAUUUAUGCCAACACUCUCUGCUCAUCAUUCGUAAUUGCCUCGAAGUAGGAACAACCCAAAUGUCCAUCAACGGAUGAAUGGAUAAACACAAUGCGGCCUGUCCACGCAAUGGAAUACUAUUUGGCAAGGAAAAGGAACAAAGUGCCAAUAUGUGCUGCCACGCGGAUCAGCCUGGGGGACAUUAUGAUUCGUGAAAGAAGCCAGACACAAAAGGAGACAUAGUAUCGAAUUCCAUGAGUGACCUGCAGGAAGAAGGCAAAAAUGCCAUCAACUCGCCACUGUCCCCGGCCUCGGUGGAUCUUCACCCCGAGGAGACCCUGCUAGAGGAGAACGAGGAGCGCACGAUGAUCGACCCCACCUCCAAGGAUGACCCCAGAUUCAAGGAGCUGGUCAAGGUCCUCACCGACUGGAUCAACGACGUCCUCGUGGAGGAGAGAAUCAUCGUGAAGCAGCUGGAGGAGGACCUUUACGAUGGCCAGGUGCUGCAGAAGCUCUUGGAAAAACUGGCGGGCUGCAAGCUGAAUGUGGCCGAGGUGACACAGUCCGAGAUAGGACAGAAACAGAAGCUGCAGACGGUGCUGGAAACAGUGCAUGACCUGCUUCGACCCCACGGCUGGGCGCUGCAGUGGACCGUGGACUCAAUUCACGGGAAGAACCUGGUGGCCACCCUCCACCUCCUCGUGUCCCUGGCCACGCACUUCCGGGCCCCGAUCCGGCUCCCAGAGCGCGUCUCCGUGCAGGUGGUGGUGGUGCGGAAGCGGGAAGGCCUGCUGCAUUCCAGCCAUGUCACAGAGGAGCUGACCACGAGCACAGAGAUGAUGAUGGGUCGGUUUGAGCGUGACGCCUUCGACACCCUGUUCGACCACGCGCCCGACAAGCUCAGCCUGGUGAAGAAGUCUCUCAUCACCUUUGUGAACAAGCACCUGAACAAGCUGAAUUUGGAGGUGACGGAACUAGAGACCCAGUUUGCAGACGGCGUGUACCUGGUCCUGCUCAUGGGGCUGCUGGAGGACUACUUCGUGCCCCUGCACAACUUCUACCUGACCCCGGACAGCUUCGACCAGAAGGUCCACAAUGUGUCCUUUGCCUUUGAGCUGAUGCUGGAUGGAGGGCUCAAGAAACCCAAGGCCAGGCCCGAAGAUGUGGUGAACCUGGACCUCAAGUCCACCCUGCGGGUUCUCUACAACCUGUUUACCAAGUACAAGAGCUUGGAGUGACGGCAGACCACGGCGGGGAC